GUUUGUAAUUACUUCUUCUCCUUCUUCACAGAUCCUGAGGCAGAACCUCAGAAGAAGAAGAGGUGGUCUGUCUGCUGAGAAAAGUUUGGUCUCUUCUUGAUUCUGACCCAGAUCCCUCAGCCUUCACCUUCACUCCAUCGACUUUGGAAGAAGUCGCUCAUUUAUGUGACCUUCUGAUCUGAACAUGUGAUUUUUAAAAUGUUUUAGUUUUUGUUUUACACACCGGAGCAGAACAAAGACAUCAUUGACGCUUUUCAGCUGCUACGGGUGCUCUCAGAAAUUUAACAGAUUCAUGGAGAAGACAGUGACAUUAGGUCUGACUCUUUUCUUAACACUCUGUGUGGACAUACCAGAAGCUAGAGGACGGAAGGAGGGGACCCAUGGCGAGAACACUCACAGACAUUCAUCACGAUCUUCAGAUUCUAAAGGAGGACGUUGCUCCUACACCUUCAUUGUUCCCCAGCAAAAACUGACAGGUGCACUGUGUUUGAACACACAGUCUGCUACUGCCAACCACUCGGAGGUGGCAGCGCUGCGGGCGGAGCUCAUACGGCAGCAGGAACAGCUGGAGAAGCUCCGGGGCCAGCUGGAGAAGGAGGGGUCCCUUGCCAUGGAGGUACGAGCCCUUCGCAAAGAGAGUAACAGCAUGAAUUCUCGCAUUGCCCAGCUCUAUGCCCAGCUGCUACAUGAAGUCAUACACAAGAAAGACCAGGCUUUGGAGCAACGAAGGGUGGAGAACCUCCUACUGAAUGCUACAGCGCAGGCAUUGCAGGUCUCCAGUAACUACAGGGAACUGGAGAAGAAAUAUGGAGCCCUCACCUCCAUCAUGAGUUCCCAGAACCAGUUUAUUGCUCGUUUGGAGAAACAGUGCCGCUGCAGGGACUCCACCCAGUCCUCUCCGGUGACGACGGAGCCACCAAAAAGCCUAACUAACAUGCAUCCUAAUUACAGCUCUGAGGUCAACGAAAUGACCAAUGAUGUUCAAAGAGACCAAAGUGCUCCUCCACCACAACAGGAAAAAACAGCCCAUUCUCUCACCACCACUACCGCCAACACUCCUACAGACCCUCCUUUCAUUAGUUUCCCUGUAACAAAGACUCCAGGGCCGUGGCGGGACUGUCAGCAUGUGCUGGAGUCAGGUGAGACCACCAGUGGGAUCUACCUGCUCCGCCCACAGAGUGCCAACCGCCUCCUACAGGCCUGGUGUGAUCAGAGUCGGGCUCAGGGAGGGUGGACUGUCAUCCAGAGGAGACAGGAUGGGUCGGUCAACUUCUUCAGGACUUGGGAGCAGUACAAGCAAGGCUUUGGAAACCUAGAUGGGGAGUACUGGCUCGGCCUGGAACACCUCUACUGGAUGACUAAACAGACCCAGUAUAAGCUCCGGGUGGCUCUUGAGGACUGGCAGGGACGGCAGGUGUUUGCAGAGUAUGACAGUUUCUACCUGGAGCCAGAAAGCGACUGGUACAGACUACGUUUGGGGCAAUACCAUGGCAAUGCAGGGGACUCCCUUUCAUGGCACAACAACAAGGCCUUCACCACUCUGGAUCGAGACAAGGACAGCUACACAGGUAACUGUGCUCAUUACCAGAAAGGAGGCUGGUGGUACCACAUGUGUGCCCACUCUAAUCUGAACGGCGUGUGGUAUCGAGGUGGACACUAUCGCAGCCGCUACCAGGAUGGGGUCUACUGGACAGAGUUCCAUGGAGGGUCUUAUUCCCUUAAACGAGUUUCCAUGAUGAUCAAACCUAUAUAACGUAGUUUCAUUAUGGACAUGUGAGAAAACAAUGCUGAUAUGUCUGUCAGCUGUGU